AUGGAUUCAGGAAAGAACAGAGUCAUUGUGGCCAUCGACUUCGGUACUACCUUUUCCGGAGUCGCUUGGGCCAGGUCUCCAACCUCCCAUAAUGGAGUUUCCAGCGAGGAAGUGCCAUCUGAAGUGGCCUACACGGACAAAGAUUCCAAGCAAGAAAUGUUUUGGUGCUUCCAGAUUCCAACUAGCCUUCCACGUCUGCGAUGGGUCCAGCUUGGUCUAGAUCCUGACCAGAAACACGGAAUAUCAGCGUCACUUCUGACUCAAAGCAAGAAAUUCCUAGGAGCGCCUUACCCGCCUGAUGCAACUCCCCAGAGUGUCACCACGGACUAUCUUCGUGCAUUGAUCGAGUUUGUCUCACAGGUCAUCAAGUACCAGGUUGGAUCUGUCUUUGAGACACUACUUUUCUCUUUCGUUAUCACUGUUCCGGCUGUAUGGUCUCAAGGAGCGAAGAUCAGGACUCUCACCUGUGCAGAAGAGGCAGGUCUAGCAAAAUCAGCCCCAAUUCUCAUCGUGUCAGAGCCCGAGGCCGCUGCUAUUCAUGCCUUGAAGGCCAGCAACCCACAUGGCCUGAAGGUUGAUGACACCGUUGUUCUUUGUGAUGCCGGGGGUGGCACAGAGGACUUGAUUACAUUCACAAUUGUGGAGCUGUCACCAAAUCUCCGUCUUCGAGAGGCUGCUCCUGGCAUUGUGAGUCUGUGUGGCAGCACUUUUCUCAACAGAAGGUUCGAAGACUUUCUUUUGAAGCAGCUAGGCUCCUGCCCGGUUUUCGGGGAGGACACAAUGGAGCAGGCAACACAGCACUUCGAGCUCGUUGCGAAAAGAAGAUUUGCUGGGGAUUCCCAUGAUGACUUUGCCUUCCCUGUUCCAGGAAUUGCCGACAAUGAUGCAGUCAACGUCCGACGUGGACGUCUGCAUGUCACAGGAACGCAGAUAUGGGAUUUAAUGUUGCCGGCCUUGCAGCAAGUUCUGGAUCUUGUGCGAGAGCAGAUCAAAAUAUCCAAGGCUCCCGUUAAGUCGGUCUUUCUCGUUGGUGGUUUCGGACAAAAUCCUUUCCUUCGUCACUUCAUUCACGAAGCUUUGCCUUCCGGGAUCGAGGUUCUCGCACCAGUUGAUGGCUGGACAGCAGUCGUUCGAGGUGCCCUCUCGAAGACUUUGUUCGAUCUUUGCACUUCAGCUCCCCAGGUCGCGAUUGAUUCUCGAGAGGCUAGAAAGCACUAUGGCACAAUCAAAAGUUUAAAAUUUGAAUGCUCUGGGCAUAAGAAAUUCUAUGGAGAAUUCCACAUCAAGGUCAUGGAGUGGUUUAUACAAAAAGGCGAUGAGAUCGAAGAGACCAAGCCCGUCGUCACUUCCUGGAUCGAACACCGCCAUAAAUCGCAGGGCAAAGUUACAUCUAUUAAGACCACGAUUUAUGAGCUCGACGGAGCAGACAGCAAGAAGGCUCCGCUCUAUUUCUGUCGUGAAAUGCGAACGCACUGCAAGCUCCACCCUAUUCUCAACCGAGCUCACCAAGAAAGGAUCCCAGUCACCAGAGGCAAGGAUGGAGAAGACUAUCACACUGUCUUGUACCAAAUCCAUGCCAACUACUAUUCAGCCCAUUGCGACUACUCGCUCUGGUUCGAGGGUCAAAAUCACGGCACUGUUGAAGUCGAAUAUCUCUAA